UCCCCAACAGUCGCUCGAACGUCCAUUUCCCAAAACUCAAACAUUCGCCAGUUAAAAAAACAACACCCGUUGCCUAUCAAUUUCGAAAUAUCGAGAAUACCCGGAGUUGGCGCGGGAACUCGCCGUGAAAUUUCGGCGGAACGGUGUGACCUUAGCGGGUAGUCUGUCCCCUAACCUCAAAAUUCCCUCGCCCGCGCAGCAAAUGCCCCGCAAAGAUCACGAGACAAAUCACAAACCGAUUAAUCUCCUCACAAUGGAGAACACAAAUUGACAAUUGCGCAAAUUGCCCGCAAUUUCUCACCCUCUGACCGCCCAAAAAAAAAAAUCGAAAAACCCACAUUGAUGGAACGGCUAAUCCUGGUGAUACGUUAAUUCAAAUUUCGGAUAAUAAAUGAUCGCAGGGUGUAAACUAGUGACAACUGUGCCUUUAGCAAAUGUAGUCUGUCGUUACGUCCACAUUGGUACACUGCACCAGGCAUUAAAGAUUCUUCAUAUGUCGGAAAUACCUUUCAAACAUUUGCUGCUUGGUAAUCUUCGUAAGUGUGCAUCUGUGCCGGAGGCACUCUACUCCACGUACAUCAAUUUGUUGAGGUCAAAAUUUAGUUCUGGCGAGGGAGAGGAGCAGGGGAAUACAAUGGAGCCGUUUAUUGACUUGUGUUUUGCCCAGAAUGAGUCGUCCAAUUGUCAAAUGUCCAAUAAUUUUGUGCAGAAUAUGGCGAGUCUUCAGUAUGGAAUGAGUAGGAAAAAUUACAAAGAGCUGCGACAGUGGAAAUCUGUUGGAAAUGGAAUCUCGUCAACCAAUACAGAGAGUGACUUUAUCCUUCGACUAUUAACGUACAAUAUAUUAGCCCAAAAUUUACUGGAAACACAUUCGUACUUGUACAAAUACCAUAACAAAAAUGCACUGAGCUGGGAAUGCCGAAAGCCACUUAUUCAGCAGGAAAUCAUCGAAGCAGGAGCUAAUGUAAUAUGCAUUCAAGAGAUGCAACUCGAUCAUCUAGAAGAAUUUUUGUUGCCAUUCGAGACAAGUGGGUUUGAUUAUCUCUAUAAAAAACGCACAAACGAUACGGGGGAUGGAUUGCUGCUUCUAUUUCGUCGCAGUCAGUUGAAAUUGGUGGAUUACGUGCAUGUGGAGUACCAUCAGACCUCCUCGGACAUUCUCAACAGAGAUAAUGUGGGAAUUGUUGCUAAAUUUUCACUUAAGGAAUGCCCUGAAACCCACAUCGUCAUAUCCACGACACACUUGCUGUAUAAUCCGAAAAGGAGUGAUGUGAGACUUGCACAGACGCAGGUACUUUUUGCUGAAGUGGAGAGGCUUUCGUUUAUUGAGAAUACGAGAGAAGGUCCAAAGUAUCAUCCAAUUAUAGUCUGCGGGGACUUUAACCUGCAGCCAUUCACAGGAGUCUAUCAGUUCAUCACUGGUGGUUCUUUUGAAUACCUGGGGAAGGGGCGAAAACUCGAGGAGUCUGGAUUUCGUCGAUUGAGCAAUUCCCUCAUACCCUCUUGUCUUCUCAUCACGGAUAAUUGCCAGCACUUCAAUGUUUUGACGAGGAGAUUGCGGGGGUCUGGAGAUGGCCAUACGAUGUUGUACAGCCGUGAAAAGAACUGCAAUGAGAAGAGAGAAUCACCUGAGCAUAUAGUUCCGAACGAAGUGGACAUAAAAUCAUCAGAUUAUCAAAAGAUUGCGAUAGUUGACGGUGAAUAUGCGACAUUCUCCUCUGGUGCUCUCAGUCACCCCUUCAAAUUGAAGAGUGUUUACAACCACUCAAAGAGUAAUGGAGAGCUCGAAGCGACAACACAUCAGGACGAGUGGAUCACUGUCGAUUACAUAUUCUACACUGACAUCGAACUUCUGGAUCGUUACAGACUUCCAACUGUUGCAGAAUGCCGACAAUUUCCUCAUAUUCCAAAUUUCGCUAUAGGGAGUGAUCACCUUUGUCUCGGUGCCACAUUUAAACUGAAAAAAACACGUACUGUAAGAUAAUCGCUGACUCUCGUUAUCUCAUAUUCUGUUGACAAAUGUAAAUAUAGGUAUGGCGUUAAUCCUCGGAUAUUUUGACACAUGGAAAUUAUCUUUUAUUUUCUGAAUAAAAAUCCAAUGAAAUUAUUUAACAUAA